CCAAAGUAAAUUAUAAUUGUAAAUUGUGACAAUUGUAUAUGGCGUUAUAAAGUUGCGCGUGGGAAAGGAGUGAGAGCGGUGAGAUGUUUAAUGCUCGCCUUUGGAGGGGGAAAGACGAAGCUGAUGACGACAGGCAUAUAUAUCAGAGUGUCCGGCAAAAGAAUGAAGUUGCUAGUCGUGUCUCUAGUCUUUGUGGCGACGAUCGCUAUUGCGAGAACGCAAACCAGAUACGCGAUCAAACCAGGCUCGUGUCCACCUGCCUUACCUGUACAGUUCUGCGGACGAUCCUGCUACGUUGACGGACACUGCGCAGGAAUCGGCAAAUGUUGUCCGACCCGAUGCGGUGGUUCCAUCUGCUCCAUGCCUGUCACGAUGACGCGACCUGCCCAGACAGAUGAGAAACCAGGAUCUUGCCCAUCGGUACCGAAAGGAAGAUGGGUGUGCUCAUCAACUUGCAAUGGCGACAACGAUUGCAGAGGAAACUUAAAAUGUUGCAAAAAUAGAUGUGGAGCCCUAGCUUGUCAGAAGCCGGAAACUGAAGUACUUGAAACCCUCGAAAUUCCAAUUCAACCGGUUGUUCCGCGCAUCGGAAACGAUUACAUUGAUUACUAUCCCUAAUCUCGAUUUUUACGUGCCUAUUACAUUUAUAAUAAUUAAAACAUCCAGCACUGAUUUCAUAACGAUCAUGUUAUCGCAUAAUAAGUGUAAUUUUAGUAAUAAUUUUAUUUUUUGCGAUCUUAACGUUUACUAUUUUAUAUAUACAUGUUCUAUUAAUAAUUUUUGCCUGCAAUUUGGAAUACAAUAGAAUAUUUGUAUCGUAAUUCCCACAAUUAUAUAUUUUUAUCAUUAAAAAAUUAAAAUUAGCGGAGACUAUUAAACUAUCACGUACACGAUUAAUAACAUCAUUUUUGUAUUUACAUUCCUUAUUUUAUACCUGUCGUAUCUCAAGAUAAAUUUAUCAAUUAUUAACAAAAGAGAUAAAUAAAAUUCAUGUAAAUAAAAUGACAAAAAAGGAGCUAUUAAAGUAUCCCAGACGGACAUUUAAAUCUCUACUAAUCGAUAAUUCUAAUAAACAGAUUGAUAUAAGCAAAGGCCAAGGUUACGCAAGAAACAGCAUCAAGGAAAAUGCACUUGUGUUACCAGUAGCGGAUCUAUUGACACGAUUCAGAAAUGCUCUCGGCAUAUAAAUAUGUAUCGACGCAAUUUAAUUGCUCAUUAACCUUCAUUUUUAAGUGAUUGCUUUAGCAGAUUAUUUGAUAAGUAUCAAAACAAACUCCACAUCAAUUCCACGUAAUUAGCCUUGAAUUUAUUUGACUAAUCAAUAACUAUUCGAGGCAAUAAACAAAGGUUCAACAGCUAUGAAUACUAAAGAGAGAGAGAAGAAUACUAAACGAACGUCUCAAACAGCUAUUCAUGAAGUACGGAUUUGAAAUGCUCACAACAAGAUUCAUGAGAACGGUUCUACAAUUCGGAUAAAGCUCUAUAGUUAAUUACACUUUUUAUCAUCGACUAAAAAUAAUUAGUUAUAAUUAAUAAUUUAAAUAUUAUUUAUCUCAUCUGAAGAU